AUGUCGCGCCAGCUGAAGAUCGCUCUGGCAACAACUGCGAUUUGUGGAGCCGGAGCCUUGUAUUGGGCUUAUGCAAAGAAAAAAAGUAUAAUAUAAAUAUUUUUUUUUUCUGCAAAAUGAAUUUUCAGAGAGGAACAAGAAAUCGAGUUUCUCUUUGAAAGCGCCACCAGAAAAAUUGAACAGAAUUCCGAUUUUUUGCCUUCGGAGGAUGAAGAAAGUGAGGGUGAGUUUAUUUGUUCAUUGAUUUUUUGUAAAGCUCAAGUUUUGCAUUCAGAAGAAGUUCAAGAAACUGUUCUCCGGCUUCCUGAUAAGGCAGUUGGCGCAGUGAUUGGAAGGCAUGGCAGGAAUUUGAGAAUCAUAGAAAGAGAAACAAUGGUUAAUUAAGUUUAAUUAAAAACUUUCAAACUCAUUUUUUUUAGUCUGUCUUGACAAUAGCCAGUUUCUCCAAUGAUCGGUUCAGAAGUUUGCGAAAAGGGUAUUUUUUCUGUGUUUUUUUACGAAAAAUAAAGAAAUUUUAAGCAAAAUUGACGGUGAUUGGGGUUGGGGCUCGAAAGCUGAAGAGGAAGAUGACUGGUUUGAGGAAAAAGAUGUGACUAGAAGUGAACUGGAAAUGCUCCAAUUUUUGGUUGUUAGAGCUCCAUCGAAAAGACAGGUGAAUUAUUAAAUUAUUGAAUCAUCAGAAUUGUGUACAUUCAGGUGAUUUUUUUGUUAAUCAGAAUAAUAUUAAUUUGAAAAAAAUUUUUUUCGGACUGAUUAGAACAGCUGAAAAAAAAUUUCAUUAAUAAAAGUUUCUUUGGGCAAGAAAUCGAACUUACAAUUUUUUUGAGAACGAAGUGUUAGGCUCGUGUUUUCCUGUUCUUGCUGCAUUUUCCUAAAGGGGCAGGAGACUUGCAGGACCUAGAACAACACGGUAAACGGCUUUGCGCCUCGAGACCCUCAUAAUAAUAAUGAUAAUAGUUCAUUCACUGGCAUAAAUAGACUUCAUGAAUUUUUCUAUGCUCCUUCGAAAAUCCCGGCAAGGAGUUUUGUUCUGAAUGGGCUAUACUUCUUCCUGAUUCAAAGAUUUUUCAAGAAACUAACUAAAUUUUGCAAGAGUCCGAGACAUUCGAAAUUUCAAAACUAUGAUAUUGAUAAUUGAGAUGGAAAUGGUGCGCCUUCGAGUCAGAGAAAUCGUCAAUUCGUGUGUACGAGAAGAUUUCGAAGCGUCCUUCACUGUCAAUCGUUCUGUUGCGGGCUACAUAAUUGGUUUUACUUGAAAAAUGUUCUAUUGAAGUUACAAAAAUUAAGGUCGGAACGGACGGAAUAUCAAGAAAAUCGCGGCACAGUUCGGAGUCAAAAUUCAGGUUUUUCUGAAAAGUUUCUAUUAAAAUUUGAACUUUAGCUCUUUGACAAGGAUAAUUCGCUAGAUGUGGUAGAAAUCCUAAUCAAAGGCCGUCAUCAGUAUGGAGUUCACGAGGCUGAGGUGAGACGGGGGAUUUCAAAGGAGCAAUGACAUUUAAAAGAAUUUAGCGUUGUACAAAUCCUUGUUAAAGAUUCUGUUGGCUCAUAGAAACAUUUAAAAAAUGCAAAGGGCCGUUUUCCGUAUUAAUUUCUGUCGUUUUUCGAAAUUUCUUCUCAUACGCUUCAACCAAAACAAAUACCGUGACAAAUAAAGAGCAUUCGAAGGUGCAGAAUCCAAAAAAAAGAAUAGUCGCUGGCGCUUGAAUUGAAUCCAAGAACCGCCGACGCGCACGCUACACGUCCCGCCUUCCUCGCUUUUCAAGUCGAGAAAAAUUGACUAAACAUUACUCUAUUUUCGACACGCGUGCUGCUAGUCCCUGUUCAUGUGCCUUUAAUCUAACCCAAGAAUGUCUGUUAUAUUAAAGGCACACGCAAAGCGACAGACCACGCCUAUCUAAGGGAUUAUCUUUUGAAGCCGCUCCAAACAGUUCAAAGAUCACCCUUUUUGAAGGUUGUCCUGAGGAACACUUGGAAAAACGUGACGGACGAAGACGUGAAGAAAUACCGGAAAAGCAGCUCCGACGGCCUUCAGGACGACGUCCAGGAUGUUUAUGAAUUCGGACUCAGAUUGGAAAAAAAGAUGAAUGAUUACAGGAACUGAAGGAACUUGAGCACCUCGUUAAAACGUUGGAUGUACAAGAAGAGGAAGUUUGGUGA